CGGCUCCCGGCGGCCUCCGCCUCCCGUGACGCAACGUCCGGCGUGUCCCGGCGAGCGGAGCGGCAGCGGCCGCGGCCGAGAAGGCCUUGAGGAUGUCAGACGGGAUCAUGAGCAAAGCAGCCACCAUGGAGAUCCCCAUCAGCAGCAACGGAGACACGGGCAGCCUGCCCGAGGACGAUGGCCUGGAGCAGGACCUGCAGCAGGUGAUGGUGUCAGGGCCCAACCUCAAUGAGACCAGCAUCGUGUCGGGCGGCUAUGGGGGCACAGCCGAGGGCAUCAUCCCCACCAGCACCAUGAAAGGCUCGGGGCUGCACCAGGCACAUCCCAGCCCUGCGGGUGGAGGGGAGGAGAUCGUGCGCGGCAUCGCUGUGGAGAAGUUUGACAUCGUCAAGAAGUGGGGGAUCAACACGUACAAGUGCACAAAGCAGCUCAUCUCGGAGCGGUUCGGCCGUGGCUCCCGCACAGUGGACCUGGAGCUGGAGACACAGAUCGAGCUGCUGCGGGAGACCAAGCGCAAGUACGAGAGCGUUCUGCAGCUGGCUCGGGCCCUCACCUCCCACUUCUACAGCCUGGUGCAGACGCAGCACGCGCUGGGGGAUGCCUUCGCCGACCUCAGCCAGAAGUCACCGGAGCUCCAGGAGGAGUUUGGGUAUAAUGCGGAGACACAGAAGCUGCUCUGCAAGAACGGGGAGACGCUGCUGGGUGCCGUCAACUUCUUCGUCUCCAGUAUCAACACACUGGUCAACAAGACCAUGGAGGACACGCUCAUGACGGUCAAGCAGUAUGAGACAGCCAGGCUGGAGUACGACGCGUACCGCACGGACCUGGAGGAGCUGAGCAUGGGCCCGCGGGAUGCCGGCACCUUGAGCCGCCUGGACGCAGCCCAGAGCCACUUCCAGAGCCACAAGGACAAGUACGAGAAGCUGCGGGCGGACGUGGCCAUUAAGCUCAAGUUCCUGGAGGAGAACAAGGUGAAGGUGAUGCACAAGCAGCUGCUGCUGUUCCACAACGCCAUCUCCGCCUACUUCGCGGGCAACCAGCAGCAGCUGGAGCAGACGCUCAGGCAGUUCAACAUCAAGCUCAAGCCGCCGGGCGCCGAGAAGCCAUCGUGGCUGGAGGAGCAGUGAGCAUGGACACAGAUCGGGAUGGGGCCCUGGGAGCCGCCGUGGCCCCGGCCCAGGGAACCCCCCCCCGCACAGGGACCCCUCCCCGCCGCGGCCGGGACCCCCCAAACCCCCCCGGUCCCUCCUGCCCGGCGCAAGCGUCUCAGGGUCCCGGGGGUGGUGGUGCUGGGGGGCUCCGGGAUCAUCCCGUGUUCCUCUGGGUGAGCCCCAUGUCUCCCCCAGCCCGUGGGGUGCUCCUGACCCCCCCGGGCACUGAUGCUGCUCUGGGGGCACCCGGGAUCUGAAGGACCCACAGAAACACACGUGUCCCCUCCCACAGGACACACGCACACGUCCCCAUAGCAGAACACACUGACACGCGUGUCCCCUUGUCACAGGACACACGCACACGUCCCCAUAGCAGAACACACUGACACGUGUGUCCCCUUGUCACAGGACACACACACACGUCCCCAUAGCAGAACACACUGACACGUGUGUCCCCUUGUCACAGGACACACACACACGUCCCC